ACUAUUUUCAUCUCCCUGUCCGUUUGCGCUUAGACAGGGCCUAGUCGUAACCAUGGCCACGAGAAGGGUACGAGGCGCCAUCCGGCUUGCCGGAUGACACGAGUAGUUACGAAUGCUCAUUAUACACCAUAUCAAAUACAGGGCAAACGAAGACGAAGUAGCUCUGUCGGAGCGGAUGGAGCGAGAUAUCUACAGCCACAGACAGCCUGGUCAGUUCAACUACGGUGCGGACAUCAAGGACGAGUAUCGGUACACCGGUCGGAAGGACGAGGGACGAGGAUACGAGGAGUGGCUGAUGCAUAAGGAAAGAUCAGAACACGAGUCAAGUGGUAGAAGAGGAGAGAACGACUUCCGGGCACCCAACUACAGCGGCAACUGGGGACGUAGCCAUGGUGACGACAGACGAGGAGACAAUGCCAAUAUGGAACCCGACCCCAUGUUUGGCAGGGGUGUGCGGACAUCUGGCCUUGGGACCUCCCAGUAUUCCUCCCCCGAGGAUGUGCCUCCUGAUUACGACCAAGAUGACAAGCGCCAGAUAAUUCCCCACCCUCGGGACCAGAGCAGGGAGAACCCCUACACCCGGAUGCCCGGUGAUCAGCCGCCAUCCAGACCACAGUCCAGUCUGCUGAGUAACAGCUACAGCCAAGGCGGCAAUGUGUACGAACACAUUGACACGGACGAACCGUAUGCCCUCAGGAGACCGAACUAUCGCUAACAAGAUGGUCAACAAUACACUAACGGCCAAAUUACACCAAAUGUGAGGAUAAUUCAGACAAAGAUAUAUUCCGGAUGACCUCGCCUUCGAACACAACUUGAGAAAUGCGCAGAGGAAUGCAGCAAAACUAUUGUUCAUCAAACGAUUAUUCCCUAGCAAACAUAGGGGCUAAAUUAUUGGAUCGGGAGGUCGUUCUUGCUGAUAUUGUUGAUUGUAUGUAAUUGAACACCGACCAUGAAACUGAUCGCUGGUUUGUCUUGUCUGUCGUCUUACAGUUUAAGUCAUGGUAAACGUAAACAAAAACUAGAACCUACAAUACUGAAUGUAUGGAUGUUUUCCCAAUGUAAGGGAGAUAACUCGUGUUUAACAAUUUGUAACUCCACGAAUGGGAACUUGAUCAUUAGAAAAAUAGCAUAAACGCUUCAACUAACGAAACGAGAAUUAUGAGUAGUAUAGACAAGAUCACACAUCUUAUAAGUCAGUUUAAUAUGAAUAUAAUAUGUAUAUAGACAUAUCUCCUAUGUAUAGAAACAAUAAUUUUCCCAAAAAUAUUAUAACAGGAAAGAGCUCCUCCAAAAUGUUCCCUGCUUCUUGAUAUCAUUUUAUAUAUAUUCUCCUUCAUCAAAGCCAACUACAGCCAUCUCUUGUCAAUAUAUAUGCUUUAAGUAACUUACUCAUAGUUUGUUGUACAGCUAUCAUUUGCCUCUCUGAAUGUAUGAUCAUCCACAUUAAGAUGACAAACAUCUGGAUGUGAUCGAUAAUCAAGUGUAUCUCUCUAUUAAAUAACAGAAUAUACCCUCGGCCCUUCGCUUUGAAACCCAGCUACAAGACGUUAUCAAUAGCGGUCCAAUCAGAUUACACACAAGAGCGAUAGACAUUCUGUGGUAGACAUGUCAUAAGAGAUGACGUCACUCCGGGAAUGAUGAUUUUCCGCAAUUGAGUUGAGCAUCUUACACAGUGGCGAUAUAAUACACAGAUUAUGCCGGGAUGGUUAACUGGCUAAAAUUAGAAAAGGAAGCUUAUUAAAGCAUCCAAUCUCAUGGAUUCAAAUAGGGCAUGCAUAUAUAUAGGGGCUAAUUAAUUGGAUCGGGAGGUCGUUCUCGCUGAUAUUGUUGAUUGUAUGUAAUUGAACACCGACCAUGAAACUGAUCGCUGGUUUGUCUUGUCUGUCGUCUUACAGUUUAAGUCAUGGUAAACGUAAACAAAAACUAGAACCUACAAUACUGAAUGUAUGGAUGUUUUCCCAAUGUAAGGGAGAUAACUCGUGUUUAACAAUUUGUAACUCCACGAAUGGGAACUUGAUCAUUAGAAAAAUAGCAUAAACGCUUCAACUAACGAAACGAGAAUUAUGAGAGUAUAGACAAGAUCACACAUCUUAUAAGUCAGUUUAAUAUGAAUAUAAUAUGUAUAUAGACAUAUCUCCUAUGUAUAGAAACAAUAAUUUUCCCAAAAAAAAAUAUAAAGGAAAGAGCUCCUCCAAAAUGUUCCCUGCUUCUUGAUAUCAUUUUAUAUAUAUUCUCCUUCAUCAAAGCCAACUACAGCCAUCUCUUGUCAAUAUAUAUGCUUUAUGUAACUUACUCAUAGUUUGUUGUACAGAUAUAAUUUGCCUCUCUGAAUGUAUGAUCAUCCACAUUAAGAUGACAAACAUCUGGAUGUGAUCGAUAAUCAAGUGUAUCUCUCUAUUAAAUAACAGAAUAUACCCUCGGCCCUUCGCUUUGAAACCCAGCUACAAGACGUUAUCAAUAGCGGUCCAAUCAGAUUACACACAAGAGCGAUAGACAUUCUGUGGUAGACAUGUCAUAAGAGAUGACGUCACUCCGGGAAUGAUGAUUUUCCGCAAUUGAGUUGAGCAUCUUACACAGUGGCGAUAUAAUACACAGAUUAUGCCGGGAUGGUUAGCUGGCUAAAAUCAGAAAAGGAAGCUUAUUAAAGCAUCUAAUCUCAUGGAUUCAAAUAGGGCAUGCAUAUAUAUAUGCAUGCAUACAUACAUACAUGCAUAAAUGCAUGCAUACAUACAUACAUACAUACAUACAUACAUAAACUAUUCUUUUAAACAGUAAUGUAUGCAACUGACCUAUAUGCAGGACCUAUAUGAAUAAACAAUAUGUUAAUAACAAUACAAUGCAAAUAAGCACCAAAUGUACAUGUAAAUGAAUAUAUCCACAACAAAUGUAAACAUCUAGUACUCACGUUUGAAGGAAUGCUUCUGAUAUACUGCAAAGUGAUAUUUAGCACACAACGAACCCAAGAAUUUGCGAAACUGUACAUAACUUCGAAUGAUAAAUAACUAUAUUAUGCUGUUUUAAUGGAUUCCCUUGUUGCAAUAAAGAACCGUUUUAACUGUCAAGGUCAGUACUUCCCAGGUCAUGCAAGCAUUAUGCUUCUUUCUCAAAUGGGGACGGCAUUGCGAAUUUGCCGUUAUGGAAGAGCACGUGGUGUAAAAUACCCGGGAAGUAUUGUCGAUGUUUGAUUUUAAGAUCAUAAAGAAUUCCUUGAAUUGUAAUAUUAAACAAUGAUUCGUUCUUCGCUGUGAUCGUGUUAUGUGUAACCAGUGUGUAAUGUUUGUGUGGGUUGCUUCAUUUGUGUAUUCCGUUGUUUAUUAUACACCUAGUCAAGCAAAGAAUGUCAACAAUAAGUAUAAAAAAUAUAUUUGUUUUUGUAAUGAGCUGAAUGAGAGUACUUGUCAUGUGUAUUGGGAAUGUAGAGAAAGACAACAUUCUGGAAUAAACUUGAUGUUUGGAUGAACAAUCAUAUACAGAACACAAUUAAAAUAACAAAAUACCUUGUUUGGUUUGAAACAUUAUACAUUGAUGGAUUAAUGAAUCAUAUUAUCAUAUCUGCCAAAAUUAUAUCCAUUUGCGGGAUUAAACAACAUGCUCCAGACCUUUAAAGGUAUUUGGUUAUUUUGACAGCCAUUUCAAUGUUGAAGAAUUCAUUGCAAUUAAAGAUAAUAGCCUUCAUAAUUAUGAAAAAUUGGCUAUCUAUCUAUCACUAAUGGUAUGUAUUUUUGUAUUCUGUGAGUCAAACUCUGAAAAUGUGAAUUGCUGUGUAACGAUGUACUCUUGCGAACAAUAAAAACAUUUUGAAAAAGUA